UCCAAUCCGCAUCCUGGGGGUGGGGCUGAAGGCCGACUGGCUCAACGCGACGCUGGGCGGGAGGCGGAGACGCCCUGGUGGGAGCACGUGACCCGGUCCGGAGCCGGAAGCUUCCUGUCUGGCUGGGAGCGCCCCCCAGCACCUAAGGCAGCGAUGACUUCUGCACUGACCCACGGGCUGGAGCGAAUUCCUGACCAGCUCGGCUACCUGGUGCUGAGUGAAGGCGCAGUGCUGGCGUCAUCUGGGGAUCUGGAGAAUGAUGAGCAGGCAGCCAGCGCCAUCUCUGAGCUGGUCAGCACAGCCUGUGGUUUCCGGCUACACCACGGCAUGAACACACCCUUCAAGCGCCUGUCGGGCGUGUCUCCCUCCAGUGGUCUUUGGAGAACACACGCUGCUGGUGACCGUGUCAGGACAGAGGGUGUUUGUGGUGAAGAGGCAGAACCGAGGCCGGGAGCCCAUUGACGUCUGAGCCUGCCGAGGGCGAGGGAAGAGGUGGACUCGAUCCGUGAACCUGUGCCUGCUGCCAGCCUGGAGGCCUUCUGCUCACCCUCUCCUCCACACCCCAUUACCUGAAAGGGCAGAGGCUCGGCGACUCUGCGCAGUGUUAGAGGGAGGACAGGGGGCCUCCCUCCUAAUAAACAUGAUUCUGGUGUUCCCAG